AUGCAUCAGCGCGUUGUUAGUGUUGUGCCUGUCAAGACGAUCCUCCAGACGUAUGGCGGUACUGCAUCAGAUGCGAUCUUCCCUGUUCAGGUGUCUGCAUCGUGUAAUGGCGUGACUGGCUCCGUCAGCCCCUACGUUACCCUCAGCUCUGCCAAUGACACCGAUCGUAAUGCAUCUUAUCACGACUUCCGCGCUUUCAUCAAUUAUUCCCGUCCAGAUUGGUACUUUGAGAGUAGGAACAAUCGCGUUGGAUACGUGGGUUACAUACCACAGGAGAUCAGUGACAUUGCCCACUCUGGUUAUCCGCUCGGCAUCUACAACGAUAUGAUCUACGGUCUUACGUCCUAUGUCAACUACGGACCUGCAGCCAUCGACACUGAAUUCAUGGACACAUCCGUCUGCCAAUUCGCGGAGGGUAUCUUGCUCGCACUGUCGAUUUUGAUGGUCAGCAUCAUCGGAUUCAAGUUCGUUAUUUUUCAGAUUCCUUGUUAUACAGAAGGCGAGACUUCAUUGCGGAAAACCAUCGACUCGCUGGCGCAGCUCAAAUAUGACGACAAGCGGAAACUUAUUCUCGUUAUCUGUGAUGGGAAUAUCGUUGGUUCUGGGAAUGACCGUCGCACGCCGCGCAUCGUGCUUGACAUCCUUAAUCUCGACCCCGAGCCACUCAGUUUCGUCUCGUUGGGUGAGGGUGCGAGGCAGCAUAAAGACAAGAUCUGGUCUGGUCUUUAUGAGUGCGCUGGGCACGUCGUUCCUUACUUGGUGGUGAAGAUAGGCAAGCCAUCUGAGCGUUUGCGGCCUGGUAACCGUGGCAAGCGUGAUUCUCAUAUGGUGAUCAUGCACUUCUUGAACAAGGUUCAAUUUAGUACGCCCAUGAACCCACUCGAACUGGAGAUGCACCACCAGAUCAACAAUGUGAUUGGUGUCAACCCGACGUUCUUUGAGUAUCUGUUUACGGUCGAUGCUGAUGCGACGGUGGAGCCCUAUUCUGUCGACCGGUUGAUCUCUGCGUCUAUUCAUGAUAAAAAGGUACUUGGUGUUUGCGGUGGGACUGAGCUAGCGAACCCGAAGUACUCAAUUAUCACCAUGGUGCAGGUCUACGAGUACUUCAUCUCGCAUCACAUGGCCAAGGCUUUCGAGAGUUUGUUCAGAUCUGUUACCUGUUUGCCUGGUUGUUUCACCCUAUAUCGUUUGCGGACUCCCGAUACCCACAAACCAUCUUUGAUAUCCGACCAAAUGAUCCAGGACUACUCGCAGAAUCGCGCCGAUACCCUGCACACGAAGAACUUGUUGCAUCUCAGAGAAGAUCGAUACCUCACCGUGCUCCUCCUGAAACACUUUCCGCUGCACAAGACCCAAUUCGUUCGCGAUGCCCAUGCAUUUACCGUAGCGCCUGAUGACCGGAAGAUUCUACUCUCACACCGUCGUCAGCUGAUGUUCUUGGAGCAGCUUUGUGGUUUCUGUUGUUUUUCCAUGGGGUUUGCCGUCAUGAUCGAUCUGGUUUGCGCUAUCAUCCAGCCUAUCACUGUCGGCUACAUCGUGUAUCUCAUUGUGGAAGUCGCUAUCAAGCAGGAGACUCUGCCUGUCGUCUCGCUCGUUAUGAUCGACGCCACGUAUGGUUUACAAGCCCCUGCGCUUAUCCUCCGGCGCAAGUGGGACAUGGUUGGAUGGACGUUCUUCUACAUUUUGGUUAUCCUAAUCUUCUCUCUCAUGCUCCCGCUCUAUUCGUUCUGGCGUGUGGAUGACUUCUCUUGGGGUGCUACCCGUGUCGUGUUGGGUGAGUCUGGCAAGAAGAUCGUUGAGAACGAGUUUUGGGACAAGGAAUCAAUCUACGCCAUUGGCUCGUGGGCACCUCCCAAUCAGUUCCACAAAGAGGGAUAUACCGCAUCAGCUACUGCGUCGUUAUACGGGCGCGAGACCUACUACGAGCCACGUGGCUAUUCACCCGUGCCAUCACAAUUUGGCACGAUCUCACUCCCUGGGUAUCAAUCAGGUUGCAAUACACCAAUGUCACAGCUGCGGUCCAUGAGCGACGCUGGCAUGUUCCAUGAGGAUAUGGACUUGGCACCAGGUGUUCCUAAUGAUGCUGAGCUUGAUUAUGCCGUCCAUCAGAUCCUCCGCACUGCCGACCUCAACUUCGUGACGAAGCGCGAGAUACGGCGUCAGCUCGAAGAACGAUUUGGGAUGGCCUUGACGUCACGAAAGGGCGCGAUCAAUGCCGCGAUCGACCGGGUGCUACUCAGACAAGCAUGA